CGUCUAUGUCCGUCGGCCAAAGCUCAAUCCAGUGUUUGUGAAUGAUACCCCUCUUAGGGACCUUCCGAAAACUGCAAUGUGUGAAUACUUGGCGAAGAAGAGGCGAAGGAGGCAUAUUCACAAAUCGCUUGGCAAAGGAGACAUGACGAUUCACAAAAUGCCUUGGGUUGUUUGGCAGGCGAGGGAGCCAACUAUAAAAGCCGGGUAGAUGGCAGAAUCUGCUUCUGAACUUUCCUCACUCUCAGGGCGUCACUACUAAUACGCAGAGAGGGAAAAACUAUCUAAACAACAUGAAGUUCACAGCCUUCUCACUGUUGUCCCUGGCUUGUGCCGCUGCGGCCUCCCGAGAGGGGGAAGCGGCCAUGGACCGCCUCAUGUCUGUCAAGAUCGAGCAGAGAGAGAGAUUCAGGGCUGAAGGUCUUUUCGAUCUCAACCAGUAUCCUGAUCUGGGAAGCCAGAAGUGCGUCAAUGGAAAAGCAGGAGAGUACUCGUGCGAGAAUGUCGACCUUCUUGGCUUCCUCAGUCAUCAGGCUAUGGGCAGCAAGACCCGUGAGGGCAAUGACAUCUGGGGAUGGACUUCGCCCGAUGGUCGUGAAUUUGGCAUCAUUGGUCAAACCGAUGGCACGGCUUUCGUUGAAGUGCAUGCGGAUGGAAGCCUCGACUACCUCGGACGGCUGCCAACUCAGACAGAGUCUAGCGUGUGGAGAGACAUGAAAGUUAUUGGUGACCAUGUCUACAUCGGAUCGGAGGCUCCUGGUCACGGCCUCCAGGUGUUUGAUCUGACGAAGCUCCUGCGCACGAAUCCUAGUACACCUACCACAUUCUCGAUUUCCCGCGAUCUCAAGGCCUGGUACAACGGUUUUGGGAGCUCUCACAAUAUCGUCGCUCACGAAGAGACGAACAUGAUCUACGCAGUUGGAACGACCAGGUCUCAUAGCUGCGCUGGAGGCCUGUGGAUGGUGGAUGUUUCCAAUCCCGCGAAGCCAACGUCGCCCGGCUGUGCGAACCAGGAUGGCUAUGUGCAUGACGCACAAUGUGUCAUCUACAAGGGACCCGACAAGAAGUACAACGGACGCGAGAUCUGCUUCAACUACAACGAGGAUUCGCUGACCAUCGUCGACGUCACCAACAAGAAAUCCCCGGUGCAAAUCUCCAAGACUCCCUACGCUGGCUCUAGCUACACUCAUCAGGGAUGGCUUACCGACAUGGAGAACAUGUCGUAUCUGCUGCUUGAUGACGAGCUCGACGAGCAGGACGGGACCGGGGCGGCCGCCAACGGGCAUACUACAACUUAUAUCUUCGACAUCCGCAAUCUUGCUAAACCCAAGCAUACUGGAAUUUACCAGUCUCCCGUUAAAUCGAUCGACCACAACCAAUACGUGCUCAAUGGCCUCUCUUACAUGUCUAACUACGGCAGUGGCCUGCGCAUCGUGGAUGUCAAGUCCGUCGCGCAGGAUCCCACUGGUUCGAAGUUCAAGCAGGUCGGCUUCUUUGACUGCCACCCUGCUGAUGAUGCCGAAGGUGGCAAGGUUGAGUUUGUUGGAAGCUGGAGCGUUUAUCCUUACUUCAAGAGCGGCAACAUUCUCCUGAACAGCAUUGAACGGGGUGUUUUCUCUUUGAAGUACACUGGCCCGAAGUGAUGACCUGUUGAUUGCCUUGACGAUUUGCACCUUUCGAUGAUUGGAACGUGUUAAUGAGCUGAAUAGAAUGAAUUCAAUACAUCCACUAUCCAC